GUAGUUGUUCUCAAACUGCUAGAAAUAAACAAAAUUGACAGCUCAAAUAACAAAUUCACGUUUUACCGAAACAAAGGUCGAAAACAAUUGGAGUUUCUUUUUCCUAUGAAUUUUGGCGGUAAACAUUGAAAAUGACGAACUACUGCUCGUAUCAGGACUGUCAAAAUAUUCAACGUUCUUUUGCGAGCAUUACAUUUUUCAAUUUGCCAACUGAUGAUCGUCGUGAAAUUUGGAUCAAGAAUUCGGGCAAUGAGCGGCUGAAAAACCUCGAUGCAUCCCUUCGGCGAGUGUUUUGUGAAUAUCAUUUCGAUCCAAAGUAUUUACGGCGUCAAUUCAACCGAACCAUUCUUCGACGAGAUGCCAUUCCAUAUCCUUAUACCGAAUCUCCGGCAUCGCAAGAAAUUGAGUACAUUGAGAUGGCUGAAAGUGAAGAAGAGCCGGAACAAUGUCAAUCCGAACCGAUUGAAUCAUCAAACGAGCAGAAUGAAGUAGUAAUUGUAUUGAAGAAAUCGCCAAAUAUUCAAAUGCUACAGAGAAAAUCGUCAAAUGUGAGCCAAAUCAAACCAAAUCUCGAUAAGAGAAUUAUGAAUCUAAAAAAGGAGUUGGAACGAAAGCCAGCUAAAGAAGAAAAAGACGAAGAGAUCGAUUUCAUAGUAUUAGAGGAAAUCAGCCAAGAAGCGACUGAAAAUACCGAAGAGCCAGUUGAAAAUGAAGAAGUGGAGCCAAAUGCGAGUAAAAAGAUGCGCCUUGAAAUGGAACAAACCGCGCAUGGGCCAAAUGAAUCUAGUCAACCGGAGAAAGUGGAAGAAAUUGCCAUUCAAAAGCCGGCCGUUCAGAAAAUAACCAAUGUACAAUUACCUGUAGCGAGGAAAAGCACCGAUGGAAUUGUAUCAUCGAGUGAAACUGUUGAUGCCAAUAAUGAAGAGACCUAUUUUGCGCUGUCAUUAGUUGGCAUACUAAAACGACUUCCACCACACAAGAGAGCCAUUGCAAAAUGCCAUAUUUUAAGCUAUUUAACUGAACUCGAGUAUGGCUCAAGUUCUCUUUCAUAAAUCCCAUAUAAUUGUAAACUAAAAUAGUAAACUAGAUCUAAGUUUGAUGACGUAAAAAGAAUAAAAAAAUAUAACUAAAGACGAAUAAAA